GUCGUCGUCGUCGACGUCGUCAUCGUCAUCGUUGUCGUCGUUGCCGUCGUCAGCGUCGUCGUUAUCGUCGGCGUCAGAGCGAACACGCAGCUGCCAAGGGCAGUCUCCGGUCCUCGGUCCAGUCUGCCAUACGCCGUCGUUUCGUACGCACGAACGUCGAGCGCGCGCGCGUGAAAUUCUAUACGAAACGGAGAAAAAAAAAGAGAUAAGAGAGAGAGAGAGAGAAAGAGAGAAAGAGAGAUUAAGAGACUGACGGACAAACGCAAAACACACGGUGGAUUUAUUUAAUAUUUUUUUUCGUAUGAAAUUUCUCGUCCCUUUCAUAGAUUUCAUCUUCAUAUAUUUUAGGUUUAGCAUGUUUGACAGAUUAAACGGUUCUUUUUUUGAGAUAGGAGUAUAAACACGGUGAUAUAUUAUUAUGAUGAUUGUGACUUAUGUUAGUUAGAGUUAAGUAUUUUAGUAAAAACUAACAUGUGUUUAUUUUUUGUCGGGGUUUAUUUUUUUGUGACAUUUGAAGAAAAGAAGGAAUGUGCUAUCAAUUGAGAUCGAUUUCUGUCCACCCGGCUGCUGAAAGCAUCUGUCAAUCGUGUUUCGUGUUUUCCUCGUGGAAGAUAAGGAUCGACCUUGUGAUGCUGCUUUAAGAAAGAAGAUUUUCAAGGAGCGUGAAUUUCUUCGAGGGAGUUCAAGAGAGAAACUGUAGACGACGACGACGACGAGGAUAGUCGUUGAAGAAGAAGGAUAGAAGAGGAGGGGGUGGUGGUAACGGUAGUAAUAGUAGUGCUGGUGGUGGUGGUGCUGGUGGUGCUGGUGUUGGUUGUGGCAGUUGUUACAAGGGUGAGGAAAAGGGAAGAGAAACGGUGGGGAAGAGAACCGGAACCGGAAAUGGCUGCGAGGUGGCUCCUACUGGCGCUCCUCGCCGCCCAUGCCACGGCUCUUCCUGAUAUCAUUAGGAUAGGUGGGCUGUUUCAUCCGUCCGACGACAAACAGGAAGUGGCCUUUCGUUACGCUGUAGAAAAAAUCAACGCCAACAGGGACAUCCUGCCCAAGUCUCGUCUUAGUGCUCAGAUUGAACAGAUAAAACCUCAAGACAGUUUUCACGCUUCCAAGAGAGUGUGCCAUUUGUUGCGGAGUGGCGUAGCUGCAAUUUUUGGACCUCAAAGUGCGCACACCGCUUCUCACGUGCAGAGCAUCUGCGACACUAUGGAAAUACCGCACUUGGAGACACGUUGGGAUUACAGACUAAGAAGGCAAAGCUGUCUCGUCAAUCUUUACCCUCACCCUACCACUCUUUCGAAGGUACGUUUAAACUUUUCUCAAGAUAACCCUACCAUUUAA